CUCAGUCCAUGGCUGGAUUCGGCAGGUAUGUCCUGUUGAGACCAAUGCAACCGAAAAACUCAGUCUAAAGUAGAUAUCUGCUUCUCAGUCUCUCCUGCAUUGAGCAUGCAGAUUGACCCGGCGUGACUCAUUCAUGAUUGACCUCUUCAGUCCCUCCACCGUUUAAUUUUACGGAUUGUCGAUCCUCACUGCAGUACUUAGCCCAGGGCCACUGCUUCCCCAAGGUGCUGAGUAGAUGAAGUAAACAGUCUACUCUCCAACUCGCUAAGCUCUUCGUUUCACAACAAAGCCAUUUAUUUCACUUGAUCGCCAAGAGCCUUCCUCUUAACUCAACACCAUGGCAACAGAGGUUCACGAUGAGAUGAUGCUUAAAGUCUCAAACAGUCUGAAGGAUGGUCCAUAUGCAUGCACAUCGCUCACGAAGUUAUCUGGUGGAACGGCCAAUUUCGUGUACCGUGGAGUACUCGCAACUCCUCUCACAGAUGGCGCGACGACGGUAGUCAUCAAGCACACUGAGGGUUAUGUAGCUCAAAGUCCCGGGUUCAAGAUAACGACUACGAGAUGCGACUACGAACAAACAGUCCUCACAGCUCUCUCCACUCUCCCACCCUCAACACACAGCAACAUCACCGUCCUGACGCCAACCAUGCACCUCUUCUCCCCCACCACCAACACCCAAAUCUACAGCGACCUCCCCUCCUCGCUAGACCUUAAAACCUACGUCCUCAAACAUGCUUCCAGUCUCACUCACCUACAGUGCCAACGUCUAGGCCACGCACUCGGUCUCUGGACGCGGAAUUUCCACUCCUGGGCUCAAGCUGAUGAGCAGAAGGGCUUGGUGGAAGCUAUGAAGGGGAAUGUGGCUAUGCGUGAUUUGAAAUUUACUAUUAAUUAUGACACGCUUGUUGGCACUGUGGAGAGGUUUCCUCAUCUUUUAGAGAGCAGCAGGGAGGUUUUUGAGAAGGUUAGGGAGGUGAGGAGGGAGGAGAUGGAGAGUGAGGGGAUAGUGCUAAAUCAUGGGGAUUUUUGGAGUGGGAAUGUGCUCCUCCCAGACAGACCUAUACCGGACGACCCAUCGCCAACAAUAGUCUACAUCACCGACUGGGAAAUGAGCCAAAUUGCCUCACCGGCCUACGAUCUCGGUCAGAUGUUUGCAGAGCUCUUUGAGCUUAAGCAUUUCAAGGACAUCGAUGCAGGUGUCUGGCUCAUUGAAGCGUUCAUGCAGGGGUACGGGAACAUUGACGAGGAAAUGGCGUUUAAAACUGCGGUACAUGUAGGUACGCACUUGAUUUGUUGGGGCUCGAGAGUUCAGGGUUGGGGAACGGAGGAACAGGUUGAGGGUGUUGUGGAGAGGGGAAGGGAUUGGAUUGUUAAGGCUUGGGAGGGUGAUAGGGGAUUCUUUGAGGGAGGACCGCUAGGUUUUCUUUUCCAUUGA